AUGAAUGCUGCAGAAGUUUCAGAAGAUUGUAAAUCCUUGAAAGUUUUACAUGUUAAUAAUAGCAGAAGAUCCCUAUUUCCUUCUGAACCUAUAGAAUGUGGGUCUGAUUCCGAUUUGGGACAUAUCAGCCCCCUACAUUUUGAUUCAAGUUUUGAAAAUGAAGAAAAUACUUCAAAGCUUGAUCAAACUUCCAUAGAUUCAGUAGCAGAUAUUGGGGACUAUGAUAUAAUAGGAAUAGUAGAUACUCAAGAAAUCAUGAUGUCACCAUUGCAUUUAAGUCCUUUCAUUAAGAAAUCUCUUAUAUCUGAAACUCCAUCUAAAACUUCUCCAACAUACAAAUUAAAAACUCCUCAUGCUUCAUUAGAUACAAAUUGUAAACUUCCAAAAUUGUACCAUAAAUCUCUUUUAGAUUCUUGUGAAGGAUCUACUAAGCGCAAGUUAUCACCUGAUAAUUCUCCUGAACAAAACAAAUAUAUCAAAUUAGAUCCAAAAUCCUCUAGAGUCCGCACAACUCUUUUUCCUGAAGUAGAUUUUGCUCUCCCAACCAAACUAUUUUAUUCAAAUACUGAAAAUAUUAUGGAAAAAGUUAAAGACAAAAGAGAAUCCAUUGUAAAACCAUCUACUCUCAAUAAACGUAAACCUAAAUCUAGAGGUAGGAUUAUCGGUAAGAUAAAUGCAGGCGUUAGUCAUAAAAUAAGAAAACCUAAGUCAAAAAAUAUACAACGAUCAACUUUGGUAAGUUCAAAAUUAAGUACAAUUGGGAACAAUGCAAUAACCAACUAUAUAGUAGAUCUAAAAAAAUUACAGAGUUCUCAAGAAGCACCAAAGUUAAUAAUAAAUAAAGAGAAUACAGAUCCAGUGUUACAUCAAAAUCAAAUAUUCCCCGCUAAACAAAAAUCGUUUUCCCAUACAAAUCAAAUUGUACCUGCCAUAACUCCUGCAAAAGAAAUUACAAGAGAAAUUACAAGAAAACGUUCAUCUAGUCCAGAACCACAACCAGAUCCCAAUAAAAAGUUCUUUAAGUUUUCAAAAUCUAAAGCUGUAGUAAAAAUGAAUAAAACCAUAGAAUUAAAGGUUGAUAAUGGCAGAAUGUCAUUAGUAGAUAAAAAUAAAAAAAUUGGAAAUACUGAACUUAACAAUUUUGAUAUGAGUGACUUAUAUGCAGAUGAUCCUGAACUUCCAGUGACAAAUAUUGAAAACAUCCUUUCUUGUUUAGAAGAAGAAGACAAAUCUCUAGAAAAUCAAAUAACUCUUCAAGCACAUACUUCUAUAGCUGCUUCUGAAAAUUCAAUUCUCUUACACCAACACCAACCCAUGUGUACAGAGGAUUUAAUAUUAUCUCCCAUUUCACAAAUGUGUGACGUUACAUCUGGAUUAGCUCUAACUAGUCCUAAGAGAGGUAGAAAUCUUACUCCAGUGUUAACAAAAAUGUCAGAUUCUUCAAGAUCAGAGAUGAAUGGAAAGCUGUUUCCAGUCUUCUACCCAGGAGCUACAAAGACACCUGUAAAAAUUGAAAAAUCUGUUCAUUCUGAAAAACAUUUCAAGAAGUUAUCUGACACGCAAAUGCUCUUGGAUGCCGGACAAAAGAAAUUUGGUUUAACAGAAUGUCAUGUCUGUGGUCUCGUGUAUCAUAUGGGUGAUCCCAGUGAUGAAGUAAUGCACUUAAAUUACCAUAGUGCCCAGCAUAUACUAAGAUUUCAGGGUUGGAAAAAUGAAAAGAUCGUGGCAAAUUUUCAACAGAAUGGUAGAAUUCUACAAAUUUUACCAGGAGAUUCGAAAAUAUGGUGGAAAAAAGUCAGUGACCUAAUGCAUGUUAUCAAUCAGGAUAUUGGCUGUUACGAUGUAGACAUAUCUUUAGAAAAUUGCCAGGCUUUCCUGUAUAUAAAGAAAAAGGAAAUUGCUGGUUGCCUAAUAGCUACCGCUAAAUCAGAAGGUUAUAAAUUAGUUUCUCCAGUCGAUAACGAAGUUGAUGUCUGUUCAGAGACCAAGUAUCCGAUAAAAUGUGGAAUUCCAAGGUUAUGGGUGUCAGCAGCUAAUAGAAACCAGGGAAUCGCAACAGAAAUGAUGAAUUCCUUAAAAAGAAAUUUCAUUUUAGGUUAUACUUUAAAAAAUUCCGACAUUGCUUUUAGUUCCCCUACAGAAUCAGGAAAAAGGUUUGCUCAGUGCUAUUUUAAAACUAACAAUUUCUAUAUUUACUAUGUUUAA